AUGCGGCUGAAACGCGGUCUGGCUAUAGGCAUCCUUCUUGUAUUACAUACGAGCGGAACGUUGAGCGAUCAGACAUCUAACGAAAACGGUGGCGGUGGCGGGCCAAGCUCUGACUCGAACAGUGCAGCAGAGCCGUCUAGCGAUCAACUAGCGAUGGAGUCAUCGGAGAGAGAAACACCGAGCCAUGCUUACAACGGACCACCGCCUCCUGUCCCACCGCCUCAUAAUAGAAGACAGAAUCCUCAGCACCACCAGCCACACCAUCCAAUAGGUAUGCCUAGGAUUCCCAAUCAUCACCAAAUUCACUCGAAGCCAUUCGCUCUUGGACCGUCAGUUAAUCAUCACAAAAAUGAAAUUGGAACCGGAUUCCGUGGCCCACCACCUCCUCCCGCACCUCCCACUGAUGCGCAAACUUCAGCCAGUGAUAAGGUAUUCAGCACCACAGGAGAUGUUUGGCCAGCACCCGCUCCGGACAUGCCUAAGAUUCUAUCACUGGACGUCAAAUGCGAAAAGAAUGCAAUGAGAGUCUUUCUCAGUUUCGACAAACCAUUCUUUGGUAUAGUAUUUUCAAAAGGGCACUAUUCAAACCACCAAUGUGUCCAUCUUCCUCCUAAUCUAGGCAGAACAUCGUCUUCCUUCGAAAUCGGCGCACACGCAUGCGGUACAGCAGGAAGUGGAGACCCACGGUAUCGAGGAGACGUUGCCGCAGCUGGUACCUAUUUUGAAAACGUAAUAGUUAUACAAUAUGAUCCACAAGUACAAGAAGUAUGGGAUCAAGCACGAAAAUUACGUUGUACGUGGCACGAUCAAUAUGAAAAAGCAGUUACUUUCCGACCUUUCCCAGUAGAUAUGCUAGACGUCGUACGAGCCGAUUUUGCUGGUGACAAUGUCGGGUGCUGGAUGCAAAUACAGGUCGGAAAGGGACCAUGGGCAUCUGAAGUUUCGGGUCUUGUCAAGAUAGGACAAACUAUGACUAUGGUACUAGCAAUCAAAGAUGACGAUGCGAAAUUCGAUAUGUUAGUUCGUGACUGUGUAGCUCAUGAUGGUCAACGCGCUCCUAUACAAUUAGUCGAUAGGCGAGGCUGUGUUACUAGACCUAAACUUAUGUCAAGGUUUACGAAGAUCAAAAACUUUGGAGCUAGCGCAUCCGUUCUAUCAUACGCUCACUUCCAGGCAUUCAAAUUCCCUGAUUCUAUGGAAGUGCAUUUCCAAUGUACAAUCCAGAUUUGCAGAUAUCAUUGUCCCGAUCAGUGCUCUGAUGGUGGUCAUAAUGUAAUUGCUCCUCCUCAUGCUGAAUAUGGACCACCUCAGAUAGACUCAUAUCCAGUUGGUGUAGAAAUAAGGAGAGAUGAACGUAGAGUGAGAAGACAACGAAGGGCUACUUCACCGGAGAAAGAAGUUGGUGUAAACAGAGUUAUUCGAGUCGUUUCUGCUGGUGAUCUCAAUCUAGAUUCUUCAGAUGAAAAUAUGGCUCCAAGAAUUGUACCAACACCAGGUCUCGUUUGUAUGACAACCCCAGGAUUUGCUGCGACACUUGGAGCUCUCCUUAUCACAUUAAUAUGCUCGUCUGCAGUCUCUGCAGUAUUAUUUUUCAAACUACGUCCAAUGUCUAAGUUGAAGAAGAAAACCGCCGCUGUUUCAACGAUACCAAGGCCGCACCCGACGACAGGACCCCACGUAAUCUCAAAAAGUCGAUUUUACUCGUAA